AUGGGAAAUGGUUACAGUGGCCGCAAUACCAAUCUUGGCGUUAAUUGUCCUUAUUUUGAUUCCAGCACCACCGGUACCACGGCGCGGUGGGGAGACUCCCUUGAAGUUUCCAUGUGCAAAUAUUGGGACAAAGAUGAGUCAGAAGUUUGGUCUGUGGGUUACAGAAUAGGAAAAAAACUAGAGCAUGGUUGUGGUUUUUCGCUGCGAGCGAAACAUGACAAUAGUGGCGUUGAGAGUAUAUAUUUUACAUUAGGUGACGACACUGAUAUCAUGUCUGGUUUUUCAUUGGAUAUCACAAGAGUUGGAAGGGAUGGUCUCCAUGGAGGAAUAAGAGGUGUUACGACAUCUGGGAUAUAUAAAUCUUCUAUAAGUGUUAAACAAGAUUACUCCAUAGAGACCACUAUUGUUUCCUAUGGUAAUUCCUACAGUGACACUCUUUUUGUUCUACAAAUGAAGAAAAGGAAGAACCAUGAAAAUGCUUGCAUGGUUACUAUGGCACACUAUUAUGUUACCAAAGAUGUUGGUCUAUCUGCUGCUGCAAAGAUUUAUCUUAGUAAAGGAAAAGGUUUUGUUGUUGAAGUGAAGGGUCCUUUCAAACACCCAAGUGAUGAUUUGCGCCGAGUUAUUUCUGAAACUUGUCGAACCGGCAUCUGGUGUCCUGCAGCAAAAUCUAGUUAUACAAAACAACAAGAUCGCAGUUCUUCGUUGGAGAACAAUGGCACUGUAAGCCAAUUUGUUAAUCAUGCUUCCAGUUCAAACAAAGGUCUUAUCAAUUCAAAUGGAUAUACUAAAGGUGCCCUUAAUCAUUCUAUCUUUCAAAAUUGUAAAUUUUCGUAA